AAAACAGAACGAAAAAAAAGAAAAAGAGAGAGAGAGAGAGCAGAGGAAUGUCAGCAUCACGUGGCUCUCUCUCCUCCCAAGACAAAUCUCUUCUUCUUCUUCUUCUUCUUCGUCUUCCCUAAAUCUUCUCGAUUACUCUCCUCUCCCAAGAUUUCUUCUACCUUCCCCAUGGCUGCUUACUCCACCACCACCCUCUCCGAUCUACCUGACGUCAUCUUAUCCAACAUUUGCGCUCUCGUCUCCGAUUCCAGAGCUCGCAACUCUCUCUCCCUCGUCUCCCGCAAAUUCCUCGCCCUCGAGCGAUCCACUCGCUCUCACCUCACUCUCCGUGGCAACGCUCGUGAUCUCCACCUCCUCCCUGGCUGUUUCCCAUGUUCUCAUCUCGAUCUCUCUUUCCUCUCCCCUUGGGGUCACUCCCUUCUCGCCUCUUGCCCAUUGAUCACCAGAACCUUCUCGCUCUCCCGUCUCCAGCUCUGCUUCCCUUCCGUCGACACUCUCUCUCUCUACUCUCUCCCGACUUCUCUCGAGCUUUGCUCCCUCAAUGGCCCCAGAAUCCGCCACAUCAAGCUCGUCCGAUGGCACCAACGCGCCUCUCACAUCCCCUUAGGCGGCGACUUCGUCCCUAUCGAGCACUGUGGUUCCCUCGAGUCUCUCGAUCUCUCCGCCUUCUACCACUGGACCGAGGACCUUCCUCCCGUUCUCCUCCGUUACUCUGACGUCGCGGCGAGGCUCAAUCGCUUGGAUCUCUUGACGGCUUCCUUCACCGAGGGUUACAAAUCGAGCGAGAUCGUCGAUAUCACCAGAUCCUGCCCUAAUCUGAGGUAUUUCCGUGUAGCUUGCACCUUUGAUCCUAGAUACGUUGAAUUCGUCGGAGACGAGACUCUCUCCGCCGUAGCCACCAAUUGCCCUAAAUUAACGCUCCUCCACAUGGUCGACACGGCGUCGCUUGCGAGCCCUAGGGCGAUUCCAGGUAACGAAACCGGAGAUUCUGCGGUCACGGCGGGGAAUCUCAUCGAGGUUUUCUCUGCUCUUCCGCAUCUAGAGGAGCUUGUGCUUGAUGUUGGGAAGAACUUGAAUCACAGUGGUGUGGCUUUAGAGUCCUUGAAACUGAAGUGCAAGAAGCUAAGAACACUGAAGCUAGGACAGUUCCAAGGAGUUUGCUCCGCCACAGAUUGGCGGCUUGACGGCGUGGCUUUGUGCGGUGAAUUGCAGUCGUUGUCGAUUAAAAACUCGGGCGAUUUGACUGAUAUGGGUCUGGUGGCUAUAGGGAGAGGAUGUUGUAAGCUGACUGAGUUUGAGAUUCAAGGGUGUGAGAAUGUAACAGUGAAGGGACUAAGAACAAUGGUUACUCUCCUGAGGAAGACUCUGACUGAUGUUAGAAUAUCCUGCUGCAAGAAUCUUGAUACAAGAGCUUCCUUGAAGGCGAUUGAGCCCAUCUGUGAUCGGAUCAAGAAACUGCAUAUAGAUUGCGUGUGGUCUGGUUCAGAGGAGGGGGGAGGAGAAAGGGUGGAAACAAGCGAGACUAACCACGAGGAAGAUGAUGAUGAUGAUGAUGAUGAUGAUUACGAGAGGAGCCAGAAGAGGUGCAAGUAUUCAUCUGAGGAAGAACACUGCUCACUGUUUCCAAACAGUGAUGGGAAUGGGUUCUGUUCUGAAGACAGAGUGUGGGAGAAACUUGAGUAUCUGUCUUUAUGGAUCAGUGUUGGAGAAUUUCUGACACCAUUACCUAUGACAGGACUAGAUGACUGUCCGAAUUUGGAAGAGAUUAGGAUCAAGAUAGAAGGAGAUUGCAGGGGUAAGCGUAAGCCAGCUGAGCCGGAGCUCGGGUUAAGCUGUCUUGCUCUGUAUCCAAAGCUCUCAAAGAUGCAAUUAGAUUGCGGGGACACGAUCGGCUACGCACUGACCGCACCGCCGAUGCAGAUGGAUCUGAGCUUGUGGGAGAGGUUUUUCUUGACUGGAAUUGGGAACUUGAGCUUGAGCGAGCUGGAUUAUUGGCCAGCACAGGACAGAGAUGUUAACCAGAGGAGUCUUUCGCUUCCUGGUGCAGGUCUGUUACAAGAGUGCUUGACUCUGAGGAAGCUUUUUAUCCAUGGAACGGCUCAUGAGCAUUUCAUGAAUUUUUUGUUGAGGAUACCGAACUUAAGGGACGUGCAGCUAAGAGAAGACUAUUAUCCAGCGCCUGAGAACGAUAUGAGCACAGAGAUGAGAGUUGGUUCUUGUAGUCGAUUCGAAGACCAGUUGAACAGCCGCAACAUCAUUGACUGAAAUUUAGCAGGGAGUUUUCUCCAUAGUAAUAUAUAUAUAUAUAUAUAUAUCUUUUAUAGUUUACUUAAAUGCUAUAUAUGUUUGUAAAAGGAAAGAGCAAAGAUAUAAUGUAUAUUUGCAACAAUAUGGUCAAUGGUUUCA